AUGUCAACGCUAGACCAUUCUAAACAAGUUGUUAUAACAAAUGGACUUGAAUUAAGAAAAAUACAAGAGUUAGAUGAAAUUGGGCAGUCAUUCAAAAUAACCGUUAAUGUACAGCUUUUUUGGAAAGAUGAAUUUCUUACAUGGAACGCGAAGGAAUAUCACGGACUAUCGAGUAUUGUGUUUCCGUAUAGAAAAAAUAUUUGGAUUCCAGACUUACUGAUUUACAAUGCUUUAAAGAAACCUGGAGAUUUUGGGAUGAUAGACGCAUUCAUACGUUUUUAUAGUAAUGGACAAGUCUUUGUUUGGACGCAAGUUAACAUAGAUACAUACUGCGAAAUUAAAACAAAGAAAUACCCGUAUGAUGAACAGAGAAGUGGCAUUAUGUUUGCUAAAUUUGUGAGUUCAGACAAAAUCGUCACAGUUCAACCACGAACAAGCGGAGUUGAUCUGAGUUUCUAUGUUAAAGUAGCGGAAUGGGAAAUUCGAGACUAUAAUGCGACGACAAAUGUUAUUAUGUGUAAAGCAACCAAACACGGGACCCCAGUUCUAAGUCUAUUUGGCCAGCCUCGGGAAUCCAACCCGCAACCUCGAGAUUACAGCUUGAAGUCUCGUGCUUUACCUCCUGUGGGUAUACAAAAUACAUUAAAACGUCAUUCGAGACGCUGGCGCGUUGAUGAACGCAAUGCUUUAGGAAGAAGGGGUGUCAUGGUGGCAAUCUUUACAAUCAUUCAUCUAAUCCUCAAAAAGGAAAAGCAAACUGUUGCUGCUCGUUAA